AUGAGCGGGAGAGACGAGGAGAAGUCCAUCAUCGGAUUGUUGAUUAAAUCUGAAGGCCAGGAUGCAGAGCUUCAUAUGUCAAAGGAGGAAGUAGUGGCUCAGAUGAAGACCCUCCUUAUCACGGGUUAUGAGACGAUAUCCAUCAGUCUUACGUGGGCGCUGAUCAAGCUAUUGCGACACCCCGAUGUCCAAACCUGCCUCAGAGAGGAACUGCUUGCGUUGGGCGCUGAUCCAACAUAUGACCAAUUGAAGGCCAGCCUCCCAUACUUGGAUGCCGUUGUCCAUGAAAUUCUGCGCAUCCAUCCUAUCCGAUGA